AUGUCAUCCGACAAAACGUCCCCAUCUCCGGGAUCCGAAAGUAAUGAUGAUAGUAGCAAAGGUUCGACUCCCACAAGUAAGGCUGGUGUGAUGAAAAGUAAAAAUCAAAGGGUUAGAUUUCCUGCUGAUAAUAAUCCGUUGUCAAGAGUUAUACACUAUCCCAAUGGAGAUGAGAGCCCGUCCGGUUCUCCGUUCAGUGAUCCAUCCAACUCUUCAUCGUCUACCUCACCGACAGUACCAGUUAAACAACCAGGUGAUGGAGGCUUUACGCUUAAGCCGGCUCCGAAGUCCAAAAAGCGUUUAAGCUCACCGCUAGCCAGUCCGCCUAUUGUAGUACAGGAUCAUGAUCAGAAUGUUAUCGCUCAUAUACCAACUUCUUCAGCAAGCCCAACGUUUUCAAGUCUAUAUGCUGCUACAGAGGACAGACAUAUAAGCAGUAGUGGCGGUAAUAAUGACGGCGACUACUUUACUCACAAAUCACCCACUUAUGUCCCAUCCAAACAUAGGGACUCUGAAGUGCUUCAGAUGACUACUCUCGCGAAUACUCUGUAUAACCGAUCCUCAAAUGCUCAGUUGGAUGAAGUAUACGACAAUGAUAGCUAUGGAAAUGACGGAUAUGAUUCUGAGGGAGACAUUCAAAGUAGGCGAUCAUAUGAUUCUAGAGCAGGACUGUUACAAGUUCCUGAACCGGCUAUUACUGCAUCAACCAAUCCAUUACAACAUGUGCUGGAUGUUGGAAAUUACACAUCUGGAGGACUAGCUCCAGGUGCCGUAGACUACGAAGAAAAGUCUAAUAGAGGUUAUCCACACUCUGCCAAUGAUAGUAUAGAGAGUUCGCCUUACCUUAAUGGCGAGCACAUGGACGGGGAUAUACAAUUGCUUAAUCUUGAUAAGAAACUCCAGGAUCUGAAAGAUCAGACGGAAGCACUUGAAGCUGCUGGAGAAGCCGAGACUCUAGUUCGCAGUCAUACUGUAAGAAAUGGAGAAGCACCUCACCCGUUAUUGGCACAAGUCAAUAAUGGGGAGGGGGUUAGUGCUCCAACAAAUUUCAACCCUGAAGAGGGUUUCACAGUUCCAAACUCUGACUUUCUACAAUCAGUAGUCUCUGGUAGAGAAGAGGAAGAAGAUUAUCCACACACGCCACCUCCAGAUGGACUUCAAACGCCACGACAUGAGGAUUACAUCUCACCUCCCUCACACGUUAAAUUGGGUAUUCUUGGUAGUUUGCUGAAACUUUAUGGUGAAAACGAAGAAGCAUCUAAGAGUAACGUCAGCUUAGGUGGAAGUACCUUAGGAGCUUAUUCUGAGCCUUCGUCGGCUGCCAACUCUCCACCUUCAGGCUCUGGAUCAAGUACUCCAAUUCAUCCUAAGCAUCCACGCCCGAAGAUUCUUAGGUUACAUUCGUCUGAAGACACUAGACCAAAGUCUCCGAAGUGGUACAAACACAAGCAUCACGCAUCAGCAGGAUCUCUCGGAGACCUUGUUAUGAGUGCAUCGCAGACACUUGCUGCUCCAGGGAUUCAUACCGAUAUCUCGCAAGGAAGAAGAACUAAGCAGUAUAAGAAACAACCUGGCGUUUCAAAGAAAAAGCAAAAAGCCGCCAGAUUAGCAGAGCAAAUUAGAAUCACUGUUCAUAUUGCUGAUGUUCUACAGAGGCAGCGUUUUAUUUUGAGAAUGUGUCGUGCUUUGAUGAUGUUCGGGGCUCCUACCCAUCGUCUUGAGGAGUAUAUGAAAAUGACUUCGAGAGUUUUAGAGAUUGAUGGCCAAUUUCUAUAUAUUCCAGGGUGUAUGAUCACAUCUUUUGGCGACCCAACUACACAUACAUCUGAAAUGCAUCUUGUGAGGGUUGUUCAGGGACUGAAUUUGAAUAAACUACAGGUUGUACAUCAGAUCUAUAAAGAAGUGGUACAUGAUAUUAUAGGAGUUCAGGAAGCUUCAACUAGAUUGGACGAUCUGGUGAAGUCAAAGAACAUGUACCCACGUUGGCUGUGCAUUAUGUUUUUUGCUUUGGCGUCUGCAUUUUUCAGCGUUCUCUCCUUUGGUGGAAGGUGGAUUGAUUUCCCUAUAUCGAUGGUGCUAGGUGGCUUAGUAGGAUUUCUUCAAAUCUGGAUAGCCCCAAGGUCGGACCUUUAUAGCAAUGUUUUCGAAGUUACCUCUUCUAUUCUGGUCAGUUUUUUGGCGAGAGCGUUUGGUUCGAUUGGUAGUAAUCAGGAUAUAUUUUGCUUUGCUGCUAUUGCUCAGGGUUCUUUAGCACUAAUUCUUCCUGGAUAUAUUAUUCUGUGUGGGUCAUUAGAACUGCAGUCAAAAAAUAUUGUUGCUGGGGCUGUGAGGAUGUUUUAUGCGGUUAUUUAUGCCUGUAAGUAUUAG